CUCGAGCCUAAUGGUCACCUUUAAGCCUAUCAUUACAGCUGAGCUGGAUGUCUGGGAUGGAAAACAAAUAAAGUGGAAAUAGCUGCAGGAUGAAAACAUGGCCGCACCCCUUAUGGCACCCCCAGGACCUGACAGCUUCAAGAAGUUUACCGCGGAGACGCUUGCUAAUAUCGAGAAGCGCAUCAAAGAAGAGAAGAACAAGCAACCGCCCAAGCCCAGAUCGGACAGUAGUCACCGCGACACAUCUGAUGACAAUGAAAUCAAACCCAACAGUGACCUGGAGGCUGGGAAGAGCGUGCCGUUCAUCUACGGCGAUCUUCCCAAUGGAAUGUCAGCCACGCCACUGGAGGAUUUGGACCCAUACUAUCUGAACAAGAAAACAUUUAUUGUUAUUAACAAAGGGAAAACAAUCUUCCGCUUCAGUGCCACGCCCUCCUUGUACAUCUUAAGCCCUUUUAAUUUACUUAGGCGAAUAGCUAUUAAGAUUUUGAUACAUUCGUUAUUCAGCAUGAUCAUCAUGUGUACGAUUUUGACCAACUGUAUAUUCAUGACAUUUAGUGACCCCCCAGAGUGGUCCAAACAAGUAGAGUACACUUUCACAGGUAUCUACACAUUUGAAUCACUCACAAAAAUUGUUGCCCGAGGUUUCGCUAUAGAUGGGUUCACAUUUCUCAGAGACCCAUGGAACUGGCUGGAUUUCAUGGUCAUCUCAAUGGCGUAUAUAACAGAGUUUGUAAACCUAGGCAAUGUGUCAGCUCUGCGUACGUUCAGGGUUCUGAGGGCUUUGAAAACAAUUUCAGUUAUCCCAGGCUUGAAGACCAUUGUGGGUGCUCUGAUCCAGUCUGUGAAGAAGCUGUCGGAUGUGAUGAUCCUGACCGUCUUCUGUCUCAGCGUCUUUGCUCUGAUUGGGCUGCAGCUCUUUAUGGGGAACCUGCGGCAGAAGUGUGUAGUCUGGCCAAUCAACACGACAGAGCAGUUCCUGUCAAAUGGCACCAGGGGCUUUGACUGGGACGAAUACAUCAUGAAUGACACAAAUUUUUACUUCUACCCUGGUCAGGUUGAUGCUCUACUAUGUGGAAACAGUUCUGAUUCGGGUCGAUGUCCAGAGGGCUUUACAUGUAUGAAAGCCGGAAGGAACCCCAACUAUGGUUACACCAGCUUUGACAGUUUUGGAUGGGCUUUCCUCACCCUCUUCCGCCUCAUGACCCAAGACUUCUGGGAGAAUCUCUACAUGCUGACUUUGCGCGCUGCAGGGAAGACCUACAUGAUCUUCUUUGUGCUAGUCAUCUUUGUGGGCUCCUUCUACUUGGUGAAUCUCAUCUUGGCUGUGGUGGCCAUGGCUUAUGAGGAGCAGAACCAGGCCACUAUUGAGGAGGCGGAGCAGAAAGAGGCUGAAUUCAAAGCCAUGCUGGAGCAGCUAAAGAGGCAGCAGGAGGAGACACAGGCUGCUGCCAUGGCAUCUGCAGGCACUGUGUCGGAGGCUGCUUUAGAGGAUGAAGGAGGGGGGCACUUGUCCCGUAGCUCCUCUGAGGUCUCCAAGUUGAGCUCCAAGAGUGCCAAGGAGCGUCGCAACCGCAAGAAGAAAUGGCGGCAGAAAGAGCAGGAGAAAGAGAAGGGAGACAGCGAGAAGGUUGUUAAGUCUGAGUCAGAUGAUGGCAGCAAGAAAAGCACCAUUCGUUUCCCAGGAAGUCGGCUGGGGAGGAAGACAUCGAUCAUGAACCAGUCACUACUCAGCAUCCCAGGCUCCCCCUUCAUGUCACGCCACAACAGCCGCAGCAGCAUCUUCAGCUUCAAAGGCCGUUCCAAGGACAUGGGCUCAGAGAACGAGUUUGCAGAUGAUGAACACAGUACAGUGGAGGAGAGCGAAGACCGCCGGGGCUCCCUGUUUAUCCCUUACCGCCGCAACAGCUACAGUGGCUACAGCCAAGGCUCGUCACGUAUCCACCCGCUGGCACCCCACUCUGGAGGGAAGAGGAACAGCACGGUGGACUGCAAUGGCGUGGUGUCUCUCAUCGGCCCUGGGCCCGGCAGACGGCUUCUGCCUGAGACUACAGAUGUGGAGAUCAAGAAGAAGCACUCUGGCUCUCUCAUGGUAUCUGUGGAUCAGCUCAACUCCUCCUUCAAAGGAAAGGAUCGUGCCAACAGUCAGAUGAGCGUAGUGACCAACACACUGUUAGAGGAGUUGGAGGAGUCUCAGAGAAAGUGUCCUCCCUGUUGGUACAAGUUUGCUAACACCUUCCUUAUCUGGGAGUGCUUUCCCUACUGGCUGAAGAUCAAGCACAUAGUUUAUUUGAUUGUCAUGGACCCAUUUGUUGACCUGGCCAUCACCAUCUGUAUUGUCCUCAACACCCUCUUCAUGGCCAUGGAGCACUACCCCAUGACUGAACAAUUUGAGGGAGUCCUGGCUGUUGGCAACUUGGUUUUCACCGGCAUUUUUGCUGGAGAGAUGUUUGCCAAACUGAUCGCCAUGGAUCCGUACUACUACUUCCAGGAGGGCUGGAACUGCUUUGAUGGUUUCAUAGUGACUCUGAGUUUAGUUGAGUUGGGGCUGGCUGAUGUGGAAGGUCUGUCGGUGCUCAGGUCAUUCCGAUUGUUAAGAGUGUUCAAACUGGCCAAAUCGUGGCCCACCCUGAACAUGUUGAUCAAGAUCAUCGGUAACUCAGUGGGAGCUCUAGGUAAUCUGACCCUGGUGCUGGCCAUCAUCGUCUUCAUCUUUGCCGUUGUGGGCAUGCAGCUGUUUGGCAAAAGCUACAAGGACUGUGUGUGUAAGAUCGCAGCGGACUGUGAGCUGCCCCGCUGGCACAUGCACGACUUCUUCCACUCCUUCCUGAUUGUGUUCAGAGUGUUGUGUGGGGAGUGGAUUGAGACCAUGUGGGACUGUAUGGAGGUAGCAGGACAGACCAUGUGCCUCACUGUCUUCAUGAUGGUCAUGGUCAUUGGAAACCUGGUGGUGUUGAACCUGUUUCUGGCCUUGCUGCUGAGUUCAUUCAGUGCAGACAAUCUUGCUGCCACAGAUGACGAUGGUGAGCCCAACAACCUCCAGCUUGCAGUUGCCCGCAUUAAGUUAGGCAUUGCCUGGUUUAAAGUCAACAUGCGGGUCUUUGUAGCCACAGUGCUCAAAAAGCCUGAAGAAGAUGAACAGAAGCCUCUGGAUGAAAUGUACGAGAAGAAGCUCAACUGCAUUGCAAACCACACAGUGGACAUCAACCGUGAACUGGACUAUGCUAAAAAUGGCAAUGGCACCACCAGUGGUAUUGGGAGCAGUGUGGGAAAGUACAUGAUUGAUGAGGACUACAUGUCCUUCAUCCACAAUCCCAACCUCACUGUCUGUGUUCCUAUUGCUGUUGGAGAGUCAGACUUUGAAAACCUUAAUACGGAAGACUUCAGCAGUGAAUCAGAUGUGGAGAACAGUAAAGAUCUGGAUGACACCAGUUCGUCUGAGGGCAGCACAAUAGACAUCAAGCCUGACGUGGAGGAGGUGGCAGUGGUUGAGGUAGUGGAGGAGUACAUUGACCCAGACGCCUGCUGGACAGAUGAAUGCGUGGCCAAAUACAAAUGCUGUGAUGUUCCUAUCACGCACGGCUGGGGGAAGCACUGGUGGUUCCUAAGAAAGACGUGCUACUUGAUUGUAGAACACAACUGGUUUGAAACCCUCAUCAUCUUUAUGAUCUUACUCAGCAGUGGAGCCCUGGCCUUUGAGGAUGUGUACAUUGAGCAGAGGAAGACAGUCAAGAUCAUUCUGGAGUAUGCCGAUCGGGUUUUCACCUAUAUCUUCAUCCUGGAGAUGUUGCUGAAAUGGGUGGCCUACGGCUUUGUCAAGUACUUCACUAAUGCUUGGUGUUGGUUAGACUUCUUUAUUGUGGAUGUGUCAAUAGUCAGCCUUAUAGCUAAUGCGUUGGGCUACUCCGAUCUAGGCCCGAUUAAAUCACUCAGGACACUGAGGGCCUUGAGACCCCUCAGGGCCCUGUCACGUUUUGAAGGGAUGAGGGUUGUGGUGAACGCCUUGGUGGGUGCAAUUCCCUCUAUCAUGAAUGUGCUGCUGGUGUGUCUCAUCUUCUGGCUCAUCUUCAGUAUCAUGGGUGUCAACCUGUUUGCUGGGAAGUAUUACUACUGUUACAAUGAGACGGCUGAGGAGAUCUUCCCCCUUGAUGUGGUCAACAACAAAACGGAGUGUUUCGGAUUCAUCAAUGCAAACUAUAGUGAAGUCAGAUGGAAAAACGUCAAGAUCAAUUUUGACAAUGUGGGUGCAGGAUACCUGGCACUCCUGCAAGUGGCAACAUUUAAAGGCUGGAUGGACAUUAUGUAUGCAGCAAUAGAUUCUAGAAAGGUGGAGGACCAGCCCCUCUAUGAGGACAACUUGUACAUGUACAUCUACUUUGUCAUCUUCAUCAUCUUCGGCUCAUUCUUCACCUUGAACCUCUUCAUUGGUGUCAUCAUUGAUAACUUCAACCAACAAAAGAAAAAGUUUGGAGGUCAGGAUAUUUUCAUGACAGAAGAACAGAAGAAAUACUACAAUGCCAUGAAGAAACUAGGAUCGAAGAAGCCACAGAAACCAAUACCCAGGCCACAGAACUACAUCCAGGGCAUGGUGUUUGACUUUGUUACACAGCAGGUGUUCGACAUAUCCAUCAUGAUCAUGAUCUGCCUCAAUAUGGUCACCAUGAUGGUGGAGACAGAUGAUCAGUCAAAGGAGACAGAGGAAGUGCUUUACUGGGUCAAUUUCAUCUUCAUUGUGAUCUUCACUGGCGAAUUUUUACUAAAGCUCUUUGCACUGCGUCACUACUACUUCACCAAUGGCUGGAACAUCUUUGAUGUAGUUGUGGUCAUCCUUUCAAUUGUGGGAAUGUUUCUGGCUGACCUGAUUGAGAAGUACUUUGUAUCACCAACACUUUUCAGGGUGAUUCGUCUGGCUCGUAUCGGCAGAAUCUUGCGUCUCAUCAAGGGGGCCAAAGGAAUCAGAACUCUGCUGUUUGCCCUGAUGAUGUCACUUCCUGCCUUGUUCAACAUUGGCCUCCUACUUUUCCUGGUUAUGUUCAUUUUCUCUAUUUUCGGCAUGUCCAACUUUGGCUAUGUGAAACAUGGGGCUGGAAUUGACGACAUGUACAAUUUUGAGACCUUCGGCAACAGCAUGAUCAUCCUGUUUAUGAUCACCACGUCGGCUGGCUGGGACGGCCUGUUGCUGCCCAUUCUCAACUAUGCUCCAGACUGUGACCCCUUAUUGGAGAAUUCUGGCACCCCUGCCACAGGAGACUGUGGCAACCCUUCUGUGGGCAUCUUCUUCUUUGUUAUGUACAUCAUCAUUUCUUUCCUAAUUGUGGUCAACAUGUACAUCGCCAUCAUCCUGGAGAACUUCAGUGUGGCCACAGAGGAGAGUGCCGACCCACUCAGUGAGGAUGACUUUGAGACCUUUUAUGAGAUUUGGGAGAAGUUUGACCCUGAUGCCUCCCAGUUCAUCACCUAUGCCAAGCUUUCUGACUUUGCUGAUGCACUUGAACACCCACUCAGAGUCCCCAAGCCAAACACCAUUGAACUGAUCGCCAUGGACAUGCCUAUGGUGAGUGGUGACCGCAUCCACUGCCUGGACAUCCUGUUUGCUUUCACCAAGCGUGUGCUGGGUGACAGUGGCGAGUUGGACAUGUUGAGGCAACAAAUGGAGGAGCGUUUUGUGGCAGCCAAUCCCUCUAAGGUCUCUUAUGAGCCAAUCACCACUACUCUGAGGCGCAAACAGGAGGAUGUGUCAGCCAGAAUCAUUCAAAGGGCCUACCGCUCCUAUCUGGCUAGACGGGGUUUUAUCUGUAAGCGCAAACCAGCCAAUAACAAAGUGGAGAAUGGCGGGAACAAUCAGGACCAGGAAAAGAAGGAGGGCACUCCCUCAACUGCCUCCCUGCCCUCUUAUGACAGUGUUACCAAACCUGACAAGGAGAAACAGGAUGACAACAAUGAGGGCAAGGGAGGGAAGAAAGAGAAAGGAAGAAACCAAAAAGACAUCAGGGAAUCUAAAUGUUAGAGCGUUGGAAUAAUAUUCACGACUUCAUUCUUAUAUUGAUGCAGAGGGAAGCAGCUUGGUCUGUUACAGCUUGAAGACUCUUGAACUUCAGUCAAACCAAACAUAAUCAGCAUACUGUGUGACUCUGUUGUAUCUAGACUACUGAUCUUAACAAAAGGGAAUGAAAAACAGACAAGGAAAUGUCUGUGUCUGCUGAAAGGCAGACUGCUCACUUAUCACUGGUCUACAGAAAAGACAAGUAACUCUACACCAAGAAGUAGAAUGAAAAAAAAAAAAAACACUAAAGGAAUCCAGCGCCUGGGUUCCUAUGCAAAGACAGUGCUGUGAAGGAAAAACAAGGAUGCUGCUCGAUGCUGAAUGAUUUGUCCUCUUAAAGCAGCCAAUGAGUGGGUGCUGUGUCAUCUAGAACUGAAAUGUAUAGAGGUGCAAAAUGACACUCUCACCCUACAUGAGCAAACAGAAGGAUGACUGAUGAGUGAAAGACACAAAUGACAGAGAGCAUUGGAAGUAUCUUUUGUUUAAUUAAAGCUAGAAAAUGUUAAUUUGAGCAGCAAAAAUGCAAACAGAUAAAAAAAAAAAAGAACAGUAUUCAACAUUUUGCCCAUGUCACCUAACUCUUGUACUCAUUUUAUCUUUGUUAUACCCACAUCAAAAUGCUUUUUUUACAUGGGCUUUCACACCAAUUGGUUAAGGGUCUGUUUAUAAUGGGGUCAACUCAGGCCAAGGGCUUACAUUUACUCAGAAAGAUUUCCAAACAAAUACAUAAAUAAUUGUGCUUGUUCAAUGCAUAGAAAUGACUUGCAUGAUGGCAUGUUUUGAUCAGAAAUCUUGCAUGAAUUAUCAUAGUCCACAAGACACUAAUACUCAGACCACAACGGUGGCUCGACUGUGAGAUUGAGACAUUGACAAAAUUUGAAAGUUCAGAGUAAUUUGUUUAACAAAGAUAAGUGAUAUGGGGGUUGAUAAUAUCAAAUGGAUCCGAAUUUUUUAUGUCAUUGUUCAACACAUUUCAGAUGACUAUGUUUG